UCAGCGUGGCGAUCACCGAUCAACGGAAAGAGCCGAAGAUGUCGGCUCAGUCAUGUGAUCAGCUAUGUCCAAUCACAGCUGAUCGUAUGGAACAUGUACAUUGAUCAUCAGGGCACUGAUGAUCAGUAUGCCCUGAUGAUCAGUGUAGCCCCAGCAGUGCCACCUGCCAGUGCCCAUCAAUGCCACCUGCCAGUGCCUACCAGUGCACAUCAAUCCCACAUCAGUGCCCAUCUGAACUGCCUUUCAGUGCCACAUAUCAAUGCCACCUAUCAAUGCUGCUAACCAGUGCCGCCUAUCUGUGCCCAUCAGUGCCGCCUACCCAUGCCGCCUAAGAGUGCCAGUCAGUGCCGCCUAAGAAUGACAUAUACGAGUG